AUGAAAGAUAUAUUUUUUUUUAUCGUUUGUUCGGUCUUGGCAGUAGUAGUACUUUCUGCUACGACCAAAUCUCAAGUUAAUGCUAAUGCAAAAGACAAAUUACUUACUCAAAAAGUGUCCGAUAAUAGUGUACCAGAUUUUCAUGCUUUUAAUUGGAGACUAUGCAAAGCUUUGCACGAUGUUGAGAAGAAUAAUGCAGUUAUAUCUUCUAUAAGUAUUAAGUUGGUGCUGUUGAUGCUAUAUGAAGGAGCUCUAGGAAAUACAGCUAAACAGAUAGAACAAGUUGUCGGAAUAAGUGGUCAUAAGCAAAAUAUGAGAGAACGUUAUUCACAAAAAUUGCAAUCAUUACAAAGUCAUGGUAAAGAUGAUUAUGAAUUGGAUAUUGGCACUAAAUUGUUUAUGGAUGUAUCAGUUCAACCAAAACCUGAUUUUAUAGAAACUAUAUCUAGGUGGUAUAAUUCAAGUUUAGAGGUGGUUGAUUUUAGUAAACCAGCAAAUGCUGUAAAUUCAAUAAAUCAAUGGGCAGAAAUCCUUACUCAUGGGCGUAUUCAACAACUAAUAUCUGAAGCCGAAACCAAAGAAAGCACAGUUCUUCUUUUAUUGAAUGCUAUAUAUUUUAAAGGAUAUUGGACAACUCCGUUUAAUAAAGAACUUACGAAAAGGGGUGCAUUUUAUUUAAACUCAAAAACUGCUGUUGAUGUUCAAUUAAUGACUGCUUAUAGCAAUUUUAAAUUAUCUACUAUAGAAUCACUUAAUGCUAGAUUAAUUAGUUUACCAUAUCAGGGAAACAAAUUUGUUAUGUAUAUAAUAUUGCCAGAUGAAAAUGGUUUGGAUGAUCUAAUUAAUAAAAUUAAUCCAUCAUUAUUGGGUGAAUCAAUAAAAAAUAUGAAGACGUAUUCUACAAAAGUUGUGGUACCAAGAUUUAGUUUUGAAUAUACAUCAAUUCUUGGACCAUUAUUACAAAAGUUAGGUAUUACCGAUAUGUUUGGACAAAAUGCAAAUUUAACAAAUUUAGGUAAUGAUGGCCAAUUUGGUAGUCUUAUUGUGUCUAAUGUACUUCAAAAAGCUGGACUCGAAGUAAAUGAACAAGGAAGUACCGCUCAUGCAGCUACUGAAGUUGAAUUAGAUCACCGUUUCGGGGAACCAAUUGAAGCUUAUUUUGAAGUCAAUAGACCAUUUUUAUUCAUGAUAGAAGAUAUUACAAUGAAUACCAUAGUAUUUGUUGGACAAGUAACGAAUCCACUUUCACAGGGCUCGCCUGUAGUGUCUAUUCCACCGGUUAAGUCUAAAACUCCAAUAAAAUCCGUUGGAAACAUUGAGUUGAAAAUGAAAAAUAAUUUUGAACAAGAGAUUGACUUCCAGCGGUUUAGUUAUUUUGACAGAGAACUAUUUCAAGAACUUAGCUUAAAUCAACCAGAUUCAAAUGUUGUAGUUUCUCCAGCUAGUAUUAAAACCAUGUUAACAUUAUUAUCGGAAGGUGCUCGCGGAGAUACUUUGGAUCAAUUAAAUAGGGUAUUACGUUUACCAACUGACCAAUCAACAUUUCAUAAUGUGUUACAUGCAAACCAAUUGUCUAUGGAGAGUAAUCUAAUUGAUUUAGUGGUUGUCAACAACAUCUUUGUUAAGAACAAGAACAGUAUAUCUAACUAUUUCAAAGAGACGGCACAAGAUAAAUACUCAGCUAAUAUAACUGAAAUUAAUCUUCUUAAUAUUGAAGCAUCAGUUAAAAUGAUCAAUAAACAAAUUUUUGAUGUUACACAUGGACUUAUAAACAGUGUAAUUUCUAAAGAUGAUUUUGAUGGAAACACUGAACUUUUAUUGACAAAUGUACUUUAUUUCAAAGGAGAUUGGUUAGUGAAAUUUGAUGAAAAUAGCACUAAAAAACAGUGUUUUUACACAAAACCUAGUAUGUGCACCGAAGUCAGCAUGAUGAAUUUACAAAACCACCUAGGAUAUGGGUACAUACCAGAUAUUAAGGCCCAAGUUAUUGAACUGCUUUACAAGGAUAUCAAUUUUUCUAUGCUUAUAUUAUUGCCGGAUGAAAAUACUUCAACUGUACAAGUAUUGAAAGACUCACAACAUAAUUCUUUUUCUAAAAUAUUGAAUUCAAUUGAUGAAAGAACUGUCAAUUUAUCUUUGCCACGGUUCAAAAUUGAUUUCUCGACAAAGUUACCGUCUGUACUUAAAAAGAUGGGAUUAACAUCAAUCUUUAGUAGUAACGCAAAUCUGACAUCAAUAUUUAACCCAGCAAAACAAGUGUUAGUGAAGGAUAUAACACAUAAAGUCACUAUGGAAGUCAAUGAAAAAGGCUCUAGAGCAGGCGCAGUCACAGUUGUUUCAGUUAUACCUUUGAGUAACAUACCUCAACCAUCACCUGUGACCGUCCUUGUAGAUCGGCCUUUUAUUUUUUACAUUUUUAACCGUGCUACUAAAAAUAUACUAUUCAGUGGCCAAGUAUAUGAUGUAAAUAGUAAUAUUUCAACUUAA